AAAGCCUCAUUUAAAGCCCACGGAUCCCACCCCACCCUUCGUCCUCCUUGAUCCUACCACCCCCCAGUCCCUGUUUUCCUCCUCUCGCCGCCAUGGCCAAGCAGAGGCUUCUCGCUCUCCUCCUGGUCGCGGCCCUCCUCGCGCUCUCCUUCUCGCAAGGGCUGGUGGAGGCGCGGAAGGUGCAGGUUAUGCGGGCGGCGCCGCGCGACGGGCGGGCCCUCCGCGGGCGGCUUCUGCCGGAGGAGAUGGCGUACACGAUGAUGGACUACGGGCCGCCGACGGCCAACACCAACACCCGCGGCGGCAUGGUCCCGACGCCGGACCCCUCCUCCCCGCCGACGCACUGACCGACCGACCGGCCGGCCGGCCGGCGGCGUAGUACCUACGUAUAUAUUUCCACACACACAUAUAUUUUGGAGCGCGUCGUGGAAGACUGGAAGGGGAGGGGAUCAUCGGAGUAAGCUGCUGCUCUUCUCCCUUGUUGGCGCCCGUGGAGCGCAAGCGCGUAGGAUUGCUGUGCUUGGUUGAUUGGAAUUUGAGUUGUUGUUAGUGGAAUAGUGGGUCUAGAGCGAUGUGUAUCGGGUGAGAUGUCAACGCAAAUCGUUUCAUUUUCGUUCGUCCUGAUCAGUGACCACCUUGUUCGUCUGUGUUUGUUUUGUUCGGGGAGUUUGGACGUACGCAUGGCGACUUGAUGAAUUUUGUACGAAUCCAUCUAUAUCCCCUCUGUACACGAUCGGUGGAUGAAUGCUCUCGUGGAAUAAAAUUCGUUGGCAAUAAUGCGCCAGUGAUCUCUA